AUGAGCCCCCCAACUCAUCUCAUCGUCGUCUGCUGCCACGGCAUCUGGACCGGCGGCCCCACCGACGGCCGAGACGAAUCGGAGUGGCUCAUUGCCGAUUUCCAAGCCGGCGAGACGCCGACCUUCAUCGAGCACAUCAAGGCCGGUCUCACCGCGCUCCGGGAUGAUCCCGCCGCGGCGCUCAUAUUCUCCGGAGGCCCAACGCGUAAAGAGACGCCCCUCGCAGAAUCCCAAAGCUACGCCAACCUCGCCUCCGCAAACGCCUACUUUGACAUCUUCCCUGCAGACAACGACGACUUCACAUCCCGCAUCCACAACGAUACCCAGGCCCUCGACUCCUACCACAACAUCCUCCACUCCCUCCUCCUCUUCCGGCGCACCUAUCCCGCCGCCCCCUGGCCCGCCAAGCUCACCGUCGUCAGCCACGCAUUCAAGAAGCCCCGGAUCGUCGACGGCCACUGCGCCGCCAUCGGGUUCCCCCUCGACCGCGUGGCGUAUCUGGGCAUCGACCCCCCGGGCAUGCAAGCCGCGCUCGCCACCACCUCCUCGGGUGAUUGUGGUGUUAUCCAAAAGCAAGGGGCCGUCGCAGGCGUACAGCACGCCGUGGACGAGUGGACCAAAGACCCGCACGGCGUCGGGCCCAGCCUGUCGCGCAAACGCCGCGCCCGCAACCCGUGGAAUCUACGUGACAGGCUCUUCGCGAGCGAGGAGGAGAGGAGCAGAAGCGGUGUCGUGACUAGGAUGAUAGACGGCCACGAGGCCCUAGCGGAGGACGCCAAGAGGCCAUGGGCAUAA